AUGUAUGGGAUAAAUCAGCGCUACUUGUACAUCUCUUUUCACUUCUUCGUGGUGUGGUGUCACGCGCAGGGGGAGAAGAAUCACCCUUCUCCUAAUUUUAAGCAGUAUGUGAGGGAACAGGGAUCCCUGACGGACCAGCUGAGCCGGCGGCAGGUUCGAGUCUACCAGCUGUACAGCAGAACCAGCGGGAAACACGUGCAGAUCCGCGGACACCGAGUCAGCGCCACCGCGGAGGACGGAAACUCUCUCGCCAGACUGUUCGUGGAGACAGACACCUUCGGCAGUCGUGUUCGCAUUAAAGGAGCCGAGAGCGGCAGAUACCUGUGCAUGAACCGCAGGGGCAAACUGGUGGGCAAGCCCAAUGGUCGUGGUCGGGACUGCAUCUUCACGGAAAUUGUGUUGGAGAACAACUACACAGCUUUCCAGAACGCCAGACAUGAAGGCUGGUUUGUGGCCUUCAGCAGGAAGGGUCGACCCAUCCGAGCCUCCAAAACCCGACAGAACCAGCGCGAAGUUCACUUCAUCAAACGUCUCCACAAAGGACCGCAACCGUUCCCGAACGCAGAGCAGCCAAAACACUUCGAGUUCAUCAGCUUCCCUUCGACACGACGCGCCAAACGCAACAGAAAACCCCAGACCGCUUCAUAACCCGCUGAUCAGACACCAGAGACAGCUUUAUUUUUCUAUGCUUUCGUACUUAAUGGACUUGAAAAACACUGAAGGGACGCUCGAUGUUCAGGGGCGACUUGUAAAUAU